AUGCGUCUUUCCGAUCACGACGAUGCCAACUACUACGCCUAUCCACUAGACCUUUGUGCCGAGGUGUCUGGCAAUCUUGAGGUCACCAGAAUCUACCGCCUUCCCUCUGGCGCUGAUGAGAAGCUGACCACUGAACACAAGAAGCCAUUCGACCGCCGCAAGAUUCACAAAAAUAGCGAAUACCACCCGGAUCUAGUGGACAGAGGUCACCGGACAUCGACCAAACCCUAUCUUGUCAACCAACCAGAAGGGCCCUCAUUCAAAGUUCAUGAGAAUCAUAUUAGCUGGGAGAAGUUUUCCAUGCGCAUCAGCUUCAACUACCGCGAGGGAAUGGUCCUGCACGACGUAAGAUAUGACAACCGCAGCCUAUUCUACCGGCUUUCGCUCUCCGAAAUGUUUGUUCCGUACGCAGAUCCCCGUCGACCCUAUCCCCGCAAGGCCGCAUUCGACCUCGGCAAUGACGGCGCCGGUAUCAAUGCCAACAACCUAAAGCUGGGGUGCGACUGCCUGGGCCAUAUAAAGUACUUUGAUGGAUGGCUGUCCACCGCGUCAGGGGAUCCGUUGCUGAUGCCCAAUGUUAUUUGUUGCCACGAGGUUGACGACGGGAUCCUGUGGAAGCACACAAAUUACCGGACCGGCAACGCCGUCGUCACACGCUCGAGGGUUUUGGUUCUGCAAACCAUCAUCACGGUGAGCAAUUACGAGUACAUCUUCUUAUGGAACUUCCACCAAGACGGGAGCAUCUUUUACGAGGUCCGGGCUACGGGGAUCGUAUCGACAGCGCCCAUCGAUAUCGAUGAGCCGGACCCUCCCCAGUACGGCACAGUGGUAGCCCCAGGUGUGCUUGCACCUUUCCACCAGCACCUCUUCUGCCUGCGAAUCGACCCCGCCAUCGACGGCCACUCCAACUCGUUAGUGGUGGAGGAGACGCGACCGAUGCCCUUGGGAGACAAGAAUCCCUAUGGAGUGGGCUUCCAAACAGAGUCGCAGGUCGUGGAGGAGGAAUGCGGGCUGGAUCUGGACUUUACCAAAAACAGAACUUUCAAGAUGGUCAACGAAAAUGUCAAAAACCCCGUCACGGGCAUCGGAGUCGGAUUCAAGCUCAUCCCGUGCUACAGCCAGAUGCUCCUUGCCGAUCCGAUCUCGUUCCAUGCGCGGCGCUCCGAGUACGCAUCUCACGCCGUUUGGGUGACGCGGCACUCGGACGACGAACUCUUCCCUGCUGGGCGAUGGACGAUGCAAUCGACAGGAGGCGAGGGCAUUUCGUCGUGGAUCGAUAAGCGGGCUGAGGAUGACAGGGGCGUUAGGGAUCGGGAUAUCGUCGUCUGGCACACCUUUGGAUCGACCCAUAACCCGCGAGUUGAGGACUGGCCGGUCAUGCCGUGCGAAAAGAUGAUCGUUGGGCUCAAGCCGGUCAACUUUUUCAAGUCGAAUCCGGCACUUGAUGUGGCAGUGUCGACACAAGAACGAAACUGCAGCGUACUGGUCCAGGAUGCCAUAGCUGCGACCCAUGGAAAACCUGCUGUGAAGCAAUUAUAG